GCUGCCCCGCGUUUGCCACACAAACAAGGGCAUCACGUGGGCCGUCGAAUAGAGUGUUUUCGAGAUAUUAUCAUGUCCGACAAUAUUGAAACCUAUACAGCUGAUAUUUGUGUGGGGGAAGGUUAUGAUACAUAAUAUUUACCCUUUUGGAGCGUUAAGGAGACAUAUACCAACGGUGUCGUUGUCAGAAGAGCGGAUUAUAUACCCAUGUGCAAAAUGGAUUGGUUGCUAACGGCAUUAUUACUGCAAACUGUGCUUCUGACAGAGGUGACAGCUGUCGUUAAAGUUUCUAUGAAACUAAAACGAUAUCAGAACCACGGUCAUCACGAACUCGACGAUGAUUGCUGUGAUCCUCAACCAUGGAUACUUUGGGACCCUUGUAACGACUGCGACAAUCACUUCGAACUCUGUUUCGACACUAUAUCAAGCGAUUUAGAUUUCCACACGUGUCACUAUGAAAGUUUCAAGACAGAACGACUGUUUGCUGAUGAUGAUGAUUUCUACUUUCCUCCAGUACUGCGGGCGCCACAGAAUACCUUUAUCCCAAAUCCUUUCCUCAUCAAUAUUACAGACUGGCAGAAUGGAUUUCGGACUAAGAUCAAAGUUUUGGACUACGACCCACAUAACAGUGAUGAUCUUAUUGAUGAGAUUGGUUAUAAUUUCAUGGACUCUGAUUAUCAACCGUCAGCAAGCCUUGGAAGUGUUUCGGAUUGGAAGGAAAUAGUACUGGAUGGUGGACGUGGGCACGCCAUAAUAACAGUACAGAUCAAAGUCUACUGCGAGGAGCACUAUUACAAAGCAGCUGAAGGUUGCAAUACCUAUUGUUUGGGGCGUGAUGAUGCCCUGGGACAUUACGACUGUCAUGACGUCACAGGGUCAAAGCUUUGCCACCCGGGUUAUACAGGUCAAGACUGUGAACAGGUACAACUUCAUGAAAUGAAUUCUAUUUUGUGUAUUAACCCUUCCUUUCCACUCCCUCUUACCUAACUCAACGUCUCUCUCUCUCUCUCUCUUGUUCUUUCCCAGCUCUUCUCUCUUCCUCUCUCACUUUCCCCAACCUUAUUUCAUUCCCU